AUGUCCGACCCAGAAACCCCCAGCAAGACCGCCGACGAUGCCACCCUGGCCUUACUAAGGAAAGAAGCCCUUUGCGAGCUCAUCACCUGGGAAACAGUCCUCGCGCUCUUCUCCCAAGCCCUUGAGAAUGGCGGACCAGCCGGCGCAGUGUACGGUUACAUUAUCACCUGGUUCUCGACCAUGUCUGUCUACACAGUCAUCUCGGAGCUGGCUUCCAUGGCCCCCAUUGCUGGAGGGCAGUACUACUGGGUGUACAUGAUGGCGCCGCCGAAGUACAAACGCAUUUCGAGUUAUAUCGUGGGCUGGCUCACGACGUUGGCGUGGGUUGCGACUGUGGCGACGGAGACUCUGUUUGCCGAAUUGAUUGUGCAGGGCAUUUUGGUGUUGGAUUAUCCCGAGUAUGAGAAUAAGAUGUAUCAGGGGACGUUGUUGACGUGGGCGGUCAUUCUCGGGUGCAUCUUCAUCAACGUGGUGAUUCCGGCGUGGUUGCCUAGAUUCGAGGUCUUCAUUCUGGUGUUCCAUCUGGCUGGGUUUGUGGCGAUUUUGGUUACGCUGCUGAUCAUGACGCCGAGUCUCGGAUCUGCAGAGAGCGUAUGGUUGGCAAUUAAUAAUGGUGGUGGAUGGCCCACGCAGGGAUUGUCGUAUUGUGUUGGGUUUCUGGGGAACGUUGCAACGUUCGUUGGGGCUGAUGCUAGUGUCCAUCUUGCGGAGGAGGUUUCCAAUGCAGCUGUGAACAUCCCUCGAGCUAUCCUCGGAGCUAUGCUCAUCAAUGGCUCGAUCGGCUUUGCCAUGAUGGUCACUGUUCUGUACUGUCCUGGGGACGUUCAGACCGUGCUCGAGACGAAGAUAGGAUACCCAUUCAUCCAGGUAUUCUACGAUAGCGUCCGGAACGUCGCUGGAGCGACGGUCAUGGCAGCAGUUGUGCUCGCAUUGACAUGGGCUUGCGCCACUGGGAUCACAACCACAGCUUCACGGAUGACUUGGUCCUUUGCACGAGAUCGAGGAUUGCCCUUCUCGAACUUCCUCGGCCGUGUCAGCUCGAGGUCGAAAGUACCGGUCAAUGCUGUCUUGGUCGUGGCGGGCAUCGCAGCGCUGCUAUCGCUGAUCUACAUUGGAUCUUAUACCGCAUUCAACGAUGUCAUCUCGUUGACCAUUACUGGCUUCUACGGAUCGUACCUCCUGCCGGCCGGAUUUCUUCUUUACCAUCGCAUCAAAGGCAAUGUGCUUCCGCGUGGUACAGAACUUGAUACUUCACCUUCAGACGCCAACGCGAAGGAGGUCAAGACCGGUGCUGCUGAGGAAGUCACACAAGACGUCGACGGCGUCGAAGUUGUGCAAGCCCGUCUUGUGUGGGGACCGUGGCAUCUUCCUGGCAUUCUUGGCAUUAUCAACAACGUCUAUGCGUGCGUGUACAUGGUGUUCGUGAUCUUCUGGUCGGUCUGGCCACCCGCGACACCUGUGUCGGCAUCAACGAUGAACUACUCGGUAGUCGUGACUGGAGGAGUCAUGAUCUUGAGCGCCAUAUGGUACUUCAUAGGUGGUAAGAAGCAGUAUCAAGGACCUCUGAUCGACGAUGAGGUCGCGAGCAUCAUGAGAGCUGGAUCUACAAUCUCAGUACACUAG